AGCCCGAUGCGGGGCUUGAUCCCAUGACGUUGGGAUCAUGACCUGAGCCGAAGGCAGCCGCUUUACCGACUGAGCCACCCGGGCACCCCUAGUUCAAAAAUUAUUAAGAAGUUAAAGACAGCAAGAGUGGAACAUUAAGCCAAGGGUGGGGGCGCGGGCAGGGCACUGGUCCCCGACCCAUGAAGCCAGCCCUGCCUCUCUGGGGGAAAAUGCCACAUCUCCCAUUCCAAACACUUCUUGCUAGGUGAGUUACUUUGGGCAACUAGAGCUUUGGUCCUUUUGAUUGUAAAGUGGGUUAGCUAGAGGCUAGCAGGCGCUAAUUCAAUUAAUAUAUGCAAGAGCAAGCACUUUUUGAUGUGUAAGACACCAAAUAAAUACAGGGAUUAUUAUAAGAAUGGGUCAUCUAAAUGUUUAUGUGUUCUUUCUUUAAUUGACCUCAUAGAUAUUUUGGUACAUAAACUCUUUACAGAUAGCACAGGGUCCACUGCCACCUUGUGCAUUAACACGAAUUCCAAGCUUAUUGGUGAAUCCCUAAUCAUGAGAUUUGCCUCCCUGUUCCUUGGUCUUCCCAGCUCGCAGAGCGAACUACUAAAGGGUAAGUCCAGAGCAUUGGAGUCUGGACGCUUCCUCAUCAAAGUCACUUUUUCUUGCUGCGAUUAGAGUUUCAGUCUAGUUGGGAGCCGAAUCCUUGCCGGGACUCCAGAACCUUCCCAGUGGUUGUGGGGCCCUGGGAAGGGGCGCCCUGAAAUCAUCCAGCGAGGGCUCGAUGGUGAACGCCGCGGGCACAUGACUCUCCAGGCCUCGGGAGACUGCGGUGUCAGGUUGAAAGUCAGGGCUGGCACCUGGCUUUCAGAGCAGGGGAUUAGGAAAAGGGGAGCGCAUUUAGGGACUUGGAUUUCUGAAGAGGCGCGACUUCUGUGUUUAUUUUCCCCGGCGUGCCCUCUGAAGCACAAACCUUUCCAGACUUGCUGACUUACUACAGCUUUUGGGGACCGUGGUACCGUAAGGCGGCCGGCUGCCUGACCUAAGAUUUAUGACCGGCUCCAAGGAUGAGACAAGGUCCCAGUGUCUCGGUGACAACAAGGUCUUUGACGAACAGCCGCGGGCUGCAGCUGGGGAGAGGGAGGAGGCCUGUGGUCGGGGUGUAGAGCCUCUGGCUUUUCUCCCUGCAGGAGUUGGGUGCCCGGGGCGCAGGCGGGCAGCCCCGCAGGCCAUCAGCAUGCAGGAGCCGCGCGCGCCGUCCUUGAAGGGUUGCCCGCUGACCUUGCUCCGCUUUCUCCGGAGAAAUCUCCCGAGCGCGACGACGCGGUCACCGCGGUGACUCAGUGCCCUGCGCGCCGCAAGCAAACGCUCCCCUCCAGCAUGCCCAGCUCCGCAGCCGCGGCUUCCCCUUCCUGCCCCCUUUUUUAAUUCCACGAUUCAAACCCGGCGUUUUCCGCUCCCCCCUUCCCCCCCUCCACCGCCCGCCAGUCAUUCGCCAGCCUGUCCGGGUGUUUGGUCCCCCCCCACCUCCCAUCUGCAGAACUGAAGGCCAAUCUUCGCGCUGCCUCGCUGCGGGCCCGGGGAUCGGACGUGGCCCGCCCGGGGCCGGGCACCGCGCUGGGCGACCGCGAUCCGGAGCCCGACCGGAGGGGGCGGUGCGCCGCGCUUUCGGCUGCUCGGGCGGACGGCGCCCGGGCCCGGCUCCCCAUUGGUCGUCACCUCGGCGGGGAGGGGCCGCCCCGGCCCCGGGGCACCUGGAGUCGCCUCUCCGCAGGGAAAUCGGCGGCUGCCGGGCACGGGCGCCCAGAGGUAAAGGCGUCCGGAGGGAAGGCCCGGGGCCGCGGCCGAGCUCUCGGCCACCGGCUCUGCCCUGCCCUCCGCCCCGGCGCCGGCCACGCUCGGAUGCCCCCUGCGCCCGCCCCGCCAGGCGGAAACUUUGCCCCGCCAAGUCCCCCGCCCGCCUAACAGCGCCGAGAGGCGCCCGGUCGACCGCGCGCCCCGCCGGGGCCCCUAAACCCCGCGCGUGAUUGCGGGGCCCCCCGGCUCCCCGCGCCCGCCGCACCCCGGCGUGCGCGAGCGGCCGCCAGGAUGCGCUACGCGGAUCCCUCGGCGAACCGGGAUUUGUUGGGGAACCGAACUUUACUCUUCAUUUUCAUCUGCGCCUUCGCCUUGGUGACCUUGCUGCAACAGAUCUUGUACGGCAGAAACUACAUCAAGAGAGGCCUCCAGUUUGGCUGGCAGAGUGGCGACCAGCUGGCCAAUUGGACGGGGCUCUUUAAUGUCACGGACGACCCGGCCGUGCAGAGCAGCAGUACCUCCAGCUCCAGGUACUUUGAAUUUUACGAGGGCCCGUUUGAAUAUAACUCCACGAGAUGCCUGGAGCUGAGGCACGAAAUCUUGGAAGUGAAGGUGUUGUCCAUGGUGAAGCAGUCGGAGCUGUUCGACAGAUGGAAGAGCCUGCAGAUGUGCAGAUGGGCGAUGAAUAUCUCUGAAGCCAACCAGUUCAAGUCCACUCUGUCCAGGUGCUGCAAUGCCCCCUCCUUCCUCUUCACCACCCAGAAGAACACCCCCCUGGGGACGAAGCUCAAGUAUGAAGUGGACACCAGCGGCAUCUACCACAUCAACCAGGAGAUCUUCCGCAUGUUUCCCAAGGACAUGCCCUACUACCGGUCCCAGUUUAAGAAGUGUGCAGUGGUGGGCAACGGAGGCAUCCUAAAGAACAGCCGCUGUGGGAGGGAGAUCAACAGCGCCGACUUUGUCUUCCGGUGCAACCUACCCCCCAUCUCAGAGAAGUACACCAUGGAUGUGGGCGUGAAGACGGAUGUGGUCACUGUGAACCCCAGCAUCAUCACAGAGAGGUUCCACAAGUUGGAGAAGUGGCGGCGGCCCUUCUACCGGGUGCUGCAGGUGUACGAGAACGCGUCGCUGCUGCUGCCCGCCUUCUACAACACGCGCAACACCGACGUGUCCAUCCGCGUCAAGUACGUGCUGGACGACUUCGAGUCGCCGCAGGCCGUGUACUACUUCCACCCGCAGUACCUGGUCAACGUGUCGCGCUACUGGCUCAGCCUGGGGGUGCGCGCCAAGCGCAUCAGCACCGGCCUCAUCCUGGCCACGGCGGCGCUCGAGCUCUGCGAGGAGGUGCACCUGUUCGGCUUCUGGGCCUUCCCCAUGAACCCCUCGGGCCUCUACAUCACCCACCACUACUAUGACAACGUCAAGCCCCGCCCCGGCUUCCACGCCAUGCCCUCCGAGAUCUUCAACUUCCUGCACCUGCACAGCCGGGGCAUCCUGCGCGUGCACACGGGCGCCUGCAGCUGCUGCUGAGGGGGGCGGGCUGGCCGGCCCCGCGGCGAGCAGGACCCCGCUCCUCCUCUCCCUCCUGCGCCGGGCGGGGGCGGGGCGGGGCUGCCGCUCAGGCUGUCACGGCCUCGGCGUUCAGCUUCCUGCGUGGGUGGUGCGGGCCAGGAGGCAGGGCUGGCCCCCACCGCGUGUCCCCCCCCCCCCCCCCCGCCCCGGGCAGGGCCGGCUGUGUGCUAAGCUCCCUGGCCUCCGCCGGGGCCCCGUGUCCCCACCCUGCCGCCCGGUAGCAUGCUGCUGGGCCACACCCCAAGAUCAGGGGCCCUGGGGGAUUGCAAGUGAGUAAAGCACAUUUGCGCUCCGUUUUAGCACUGGGGAGAGCUCGCACUGUAGUGGCCUUGUCGCAGCUAGAGGCAGGCCCUCCGGAACGGAAACGGGGGAGACCGGACAUGGGAGCACUGUCAAGAUUUAGUUCCGACUUCUGGCUUCCAGGCCUUUAUACCGCAGCCUCAGCUGUGAAUUGCUGUCUAGAAUCUCAGAGCUUACAGAUCAACCCAGCAGCCAGACCUUCCUGUGAAGACAGAGUGGCUCAGGGGGGUCCAGGGUCUUAACCACGGUCACUGCAACUGAUUUGAGUCCCUUAAGUGACGCCGCGAGAUCUACCGCGAGCCCCGUGUCUUAGCAUCUUCACCUCGACACCGUGUGCUGGGAGCCUCGCGCUUUCACCUGCAUCCUCAGGCACACACACGGUCUCAGCGCCUCCAGGUCCGAUCCUGUGUGUGAUCUUCCGACGAGAAGGACCAGCCAUUUGCACGAAGGUUUUCAGGCCAAUGGUUUUGAGUCAACCUGCGCUUCGCAAUCUGCUUCCUCUCCUGUCUCCUUAUUUUCAGCUCUGUUUUAACCAGGAGUUAUUUAUAAGAUCCCCUCUCUGUUCCUGAAUCCUUCGGAAUCCUGCUACAUUGUGUUCCUGCACUGGAACUGUAGGCUCUGGGCUGGAAAGCACUGACAUGUAACUGAUGAACUCUGCAGACGGAAGUGCGUCAUGGCCUCCAACACCAGCAUCACUGAGGGUCCCACGGGGAAGGCAGGACUCCCCACAUCCCACAGCCUGGCGGCCUUCACACACGUGGACCCACAGGCCUGUGCUUUGGGAAGUUAGCUGGGCCUGAGCCGAAAGGGGUUAACAUGGCGUUUCACCUCUGAAGUUCUUUGCCUUUCCUUCCCCUGUGGUGUUUCCACCAUCAGCAAGGUCCUACCUAACAGACACUUGCAGUGACUUGCCUUAGAACCUAGCUUUGUGGACGUGUGGAUUGUUAGUUCCGGAGGGACUUCAGACCCCUUCCUCCCACCCUCCCUCCCUGCCGCCUUUUUCCAGAAACCUAUUCUGCUUAGGUCUGGGGUGGGCUUGGGAAGAUAGGGUGAUGAAUAAAGGCAGAGUCGCUUUCUUCUAGGGAUGGAGGGCAGACCGUACACAGACCCCAGCCCAGCCUGCUGGGUGCCCUGAGGAAGGCGGGGAGCUGCGAGGUCUCAGCAGGGAGGGGGUCCCGCCAUCCGAUGACCACCUUUUACAGCCAGAGCAGCAGCCCCAACCAGUGAGAGGGGAGAGCGUGGGCUCAGUCCCCGGCCUCCAGGCUCCCGGUCCAGGGCUCCCUCCUUGGCAAAACCACUUUGUGUGGGCUCGUGUUUCAUGUUGGUGGGUGGUUAUGGAGUGCAUGCUCCGUGCACAGCACUGUUCUAGAUCCUCCUUCGUUCUGAGCCCUGGUCCUGACUGGGCAAGUCUCGGGCUGCUUUCUGUGGAGCAGGGACGCAGCCAAUAAGACAACGUAGACCCCAGUGGGCCAUAAGCUGGGAAAAACUGUGCAAGGGCAGUGGGUGACUAGGCUUUCUUGGGCUCUGCCCAUUCCUCCCAAGGAAGGUACUUCUGGGGAAGGUUCCGGCUAGCUGAGCUUUCCAGCCAUGUGUUUGUGGUUAAGUAAGGCCAGUUCUUGAAACUGUGGCAUGUCAGGACUGCGAGGCUCCGAAAGACCAUUUUAUCCCACUUAAGGAAACAGGCCUCGAAGGGGAAGGUGGCCUGGGUCAAAUCCUGCCUAGGGUUCUACUGAAUGCCUGCUGUGGACCAAGCCCCCUGGGUAACACUUCUGUUCCAGGGAGAGCCGUGUCGGGGGCAGGAACCGUGGUGAAUCAGACAUCAGGGUUCCCACCGCUUGAGGGUGCCACAGGUUGGCAGCCGCCCCAGCAGGGCCCUCGUAGGAGCUGAGGAGAGAACGCAAUGAUCCACCCCGUAGAGGAAUCAGGACUUAUGUUCCCAUUUCUGCUGGUGGAUCUUAGGGUGAGUCUCUUCUCUCCCCACAGAUCUGUUUUCCUCAUCUCUACAACCAGGGCCUUGGGAAAGAUCUCUAGGGUCUUUAUAAUCUCUAAUUUGUUUUUGGAGGUAAUCCUGAUGUAUAGAUAUGAGCCACAAAUUGUAUUUACUAUUAUAAUAGCUAACAUUUA